UUGGUGGGGAAGUUAAAAUCUUAUUCUUCAUGUAGCAUGAUUGUUGAAUCGAAUUGUGUGUAUAUAUUGCAGUUGCAUGUUUGUGUUUUUAAUUUUUAAAUGAACGCGCGGAUACUCUGUCUCAAAUUUCUCUAAUUUUGUUCCAAUUAAAUGAUAAGGGAAUUUCAAAAUAAUGUGGCAUAUUAGAUGAAUUUAGUAUGAUUUUAUGUGUCUUGUCAGUCAGCAUGCCCAGACAAUCAAAUAAAAAAAUCAGAACUCAAAAUAUAUCUGUUGAAGAUAAUCAGACCGAAAUUUCGAAGUACUUUUCUUCAUCAGGUAUUAAAAAACCAAAUGAGAGAAAGAGACCGGGUGUUACUCUCGAUAAUUUAUCGCCUUCAAAGAAGGUUCAGAAACAACAAGCAGUAUCUAAAGAUGAAACUGUCUGUGAACAUACACUCUGUGAAUCCACUAUUUCACAGUUGCAAAACUUUUCAUUCAAGCAAUCUUUAUUUAAAAUGAAAGAAGUAACUGAAAGAUCAUUGCCAAAUGCUGACAUAGAAAAUCAAAUCUCAUGUUUCAGUAAUUUUUCUACAGAAGAAUUAGAUGCUGAUAAUAUUAUAGAACUUGAUGGUGAUGAAAUAAUUAACGAAAAUGAGUUGGAAGUUAAAUCGACCAAAAUUGAUAUUAAGUAUACACCUUUAGAGAAACAAUAUUUAGGAUUUAAGAAAGACUAUCCAGAUGCAGUUCUUCUCAUAGAGUGUGGUUAUAAGUACAGAUUUUUUGGUGAAGAUGCAAAGAUUGCAUCUAAAGUGUUAAACAUCGGUUGUUACAAAAGCCAUAAUUUCAUGUCAGCAAUAAUUCCAGUGACACGUUUGCAUUUCCAUGUUCGUCGUUUGGUAUUAAAAGGUUACAAAGUUGGAGUUAUAAAACAGAUUGAAUCUGCUGCUAUUAAGGCUGCAGGAGAAAAUCGGAAUGAAUUAUUUUCCAGGAAGCUAGAAGCUUUAUAUACAAAAUCAACUCUUAUUGGCGAUGAGUUUACUUGUGCUGAUUGUGACAAUGGUCUUGAUGAUAUGGAAAUAGUAGAUGACUUUGAUUUUGGAUCUGGCUACUUAGUAUGCAUUUAUGAAAAUAUUAAUGACAAAGAAAAUUUGAAUAUUGCUUUUGUGGCUGCAUGUGUAAAUUCUGGGAAUGUAGUUUACUCUUCAUUUGAAGAUAAUUUAUUAAGAAAUAAACUUGAAAGUUGUCUGACGCAUCUAAAUCCAUCAGAGGUGUUGCUUCCUUCAACUAAUUUGAAUAAGAAAACAGAGGAUUUUCUUACAAGUUUCUGCAAUGAAAGAGGUACCAGAAUGGAGUACAUUGAAAAUAAAGUAUUUGAUCAUUCAUUUGCUUUGGACAAUAUUUCAAAAUUAUUCACAUCGCAGGAUGCAUGUCAAGUCUCGUCUGGUGAAUUCCUUGAUAAUAUACAAGAUGUUCUGAGCUUGCCUCCGUUGGUUCUUUCAUGUCUGUCUGCACUUGUAAUUUAUCUAUCUAGUUUCAAGUUGGAAAAUGUAAUGAAAAUUUUCAAAAAUAUGAAAGAAUUUUCAACAAAUGAGUGUAUGGUUCUGAAUGCAGCUACUUUAAAAGGUUUAGAAGUUCUCAAAAGUAAUUCAAACUAUACUGAACAUGGAAGCCUUUUAUGGAUUCUGAACAAAACCUUAACAAAAUUUGGGGAGAGAAUGCUAAAAUUAUGGAUUGCAAAGCCUCUAAAAAAUUUGCAGUGUAUAGAAGAUAGGUUGAACAUUGUGACUGAACUUAUGCAUUCAGAAUCUGUUAUUUUCAGAAUAAUUCAAAAUGUGCUUAGCAAAUUACCUGAUUUAGAGCAGAUUUUAUGUGGGGCAUUUUAUCAUAGGUGUAGCUGCAAUGAUCUAUUCAAGCUUAUUCAAGCACUGAACAAUAUUAGAACCGAAUUUCUUGGUAUUACUGAUAAAAUAACUGUUGAAGUAAAACAACCAAAAUUAAGAAACAUUUUAUUGGAUAUUCCAAGAUUACUGGAUGAUAUAAAAGAGUAUUAUGACAAUAUAAACCCUAAGGCUGCCAAAGAAGGAGACUUUGCCAACAUUUUCCUUUCCACUUCUAUGUAUCCUGAUUUAGAAAGAUGUAAACAUGAGAUCAUCCUUGCUGAGAAGAAAUUAGAUGAUUUGAGGCCUAAAAUAUGCAAAGUUCUUUGUUUACCUGGCUUUAAAUAUGUUACUGUUGCAGGACAAAAGUACUUAAUUGAAAUUCCAAAUAAUUACAUCAGUGGAGUUCCAAAUGACUGGUUAAAAAUAAGUGCGACGAAACAAGUAUCUCGGUUUCGAUCACCUGAAGUAAUUGAAUUUUGCAAUGAACUUGAACGCUGUCAAGAGAAAUUGAUAGAGUAUGCAAAAGCAGCAUGGUCUACUUUUUUAAAUGAAUUUGGAAAAAACUUUUACAAAUAUAAAAGAGCAGUAUCAUUUCUGGCAGAAUUAGAUUGUUACACGAGUUUCUCGAAGUUGGCAAAGGAGGAAAGAUUUUGCAGGCCACAUUUGUCUGAGGCAGAUGAUCGCAACUUCCAGGUAGAACAGGGCUGGCAUCCUGUUAUCUCAAAAUUAAUGGGUGAAGAGCAUCAGUUUGUUGCAAAUGAUUUGAAACUAAAUAAUGUGGAGAGGUGCAUGAUAAUGACUGGACCUAAUAUGGGUGGAAAAAGUACAUAUAUGCGUCAGAUAGCCCAUACUGCAAUAAUGUCUCAUAUUGGUUGUUAUGUGCCUGCUACUUCUGCCAUAUUACCUCUUCUAGAUGGUAUAUAUGUAAGGAUUGGUGCUGAUGAUGAUCUUGCUCAACAAAAGAGUACAUUUAUGGUUGAAAUGAGUGAAACUUCAGAAAUUUUAGCUUCAGCUACUUCAAAAUCUCUUGUGAUUCUUGAUGAGUUAGGGAGAGGCACCAGUACUAAUGAUGGUGCUGCUAUUGCAUAUGCAACAUUAGACUAUCUAAUUACAGAAAUUAAAUGUUUUACAUUAUUUGUCACCCAUUAUCCUUCUGUAAUGGAAUUAAAAAAUAUCUGGCCUGAGUAUGUUAUUACUUUUCACAUGGCUUAUAUCUUGAAAGAUAAAGAUGACAAAGAAGAUAUAGAUACUGCUACAUUUCUCUAUAAUGUGGUGCCAGGAAUUAGUGAAAAAAGCUAUGGAAUAAAUGUAGCUGCUUUAGCUGGAAUCUCAAAAGACAUACUUUGUGAAGCUCAGCAAAAGUCCAGAGAAAUAGAAACAAAAAUUAAAAUAUGCAAGUUUUUAAGGAAGAAAAUUUCUACACUAAUGAUUUAAUACACUGAUAAAAAAUUCAGACUUUUAAUUUAAAAGGUUUAAUGCAUGUGUGUAAAAUUAUAUCUUAAUGUAUAUCGCUUUUUUAUUAAAUUUCUCUUUUUUUAAAGAA